UACCAAUUUGAACUUGUCAAGAAAAAUGAUGGGCGCAUGAAUGAAGACGAUGCACGGAGAUACUUCCAGCAGCUUAUCAACGCAGUUGAUUACUGCCACAGCAGGGGUGUGUACCACAGAUACUUGAAGCCAGAAAAUUUGCUUCUUGAUGCUCAAGGAAAUCUGAAAGUCUCUGAUUUUGGAUUCAGUGCCUUGUCCCAACAAGUCGAGGACAAUGGCCUUCAUCACACUGCAUGUGGAAUUCCAAACUAUGCUGCUCCUGAGGUUCUUAUUGAUCAAGACUAUGAUGGGGCAAAGGCAGACUUGUGGUCAUGUGGAGUGAUACUCUUUGUGCUACUUGCUGGUUACUUGCCUUUCGAGGAUUCUACUCUCACGACGUUGCACAAAAAGAUUUCAUCUGCUGAAUUCAGUUUUCCUACUUGGCCCUCUUCUGGUGCUAAGAACUUGAUUGUCCGAAUCUUGGAUCCAAACCCUAUGACUCGGAUUACAAUUCCAGAGAUUUUGGAAGAUGAGUGGUUCAAGAAAGAUUACAAGCCAGCUGUGUUUGAAGAGAAGAAAGAAGCAAAUUUGGCUGAUGUGGAAGCUGUUUUUAACGAUUCUGAAGAUGGGAGAGUGCAAUUGAGGUCAUUUCCUUGUGUGAUAUGUUCAGGUGGUACUACUUGUGGUGAUGUUCGUUCAAGGACCAAACUGAUGAACGGGUUGAUAGAACGAGGGAGACCGCAAGAGGCACAUUCCAUUUUCAACACUCUUAUUGAGGAAGGCCACAAGCCAAGCAUCAUCACAUACACCACUCUUGUAACUGCAUUGACCCGUCAGAAGCACUUCCACUCUCUCCUUUCCCUUAUCUCUAAAGUCGAGAAAAAUGGCCUUAAACCCGACACCAUUCUCUUCAAUGCCAUCAUCAACGCCUCUUCCGAGUCUGGAAAUCUCGAUCAAGCAAUGAAGAUCUUUGAAAAAAUGAAGGAAAGUGGAUGUAAACCCACAACAAGUACAUUUAAUACUCUCAUUAAAGGAUAUGGAAAACUUGGUAAGCUAGAGGAAUCUUCAAGACUCCUGGAAAUGAUGUUACGGGAUGAGAUGCUCCAACCAAAUGACAGAACAUGUAACAUACUUGUCCAGGCUUGGUGUAACCAGAGGAAGAUUGAAGAAGCAUGGAACAUUGUAUAUAAGAUGCAAUCUUAUGGGGUAAAACCUGAUGUAGUAACUUUUAACACAUUGGCUAGAGCAUAUGCGCGGAUCGGUUCAACAUAUACAGCUGAGGAUAUGAUCAUACCAAGGAUGUUACACAACAAAGUUAAACCAAAUGUACGUACCUGCGGUACCAUAGUGAAUGGCUACUGUGAAGAGGGUAAGAUGGAAGAAGCUCUGAGGUUUUUCUAUAGAAUGAAAGAACUUGGAGUUCAUCCAAAUCUCUUUGUUUUUAACUCUCUAAUCAAAGGCUUCCUUGACAUCAAAGACAUGGAUGGAGUUGGCGAGGUGGUGGAUCUGAUGGAAGAUUUCGGGGUAAAACCUGACGUGGUAACAUUUAGUACCCUAAUGAAUGCAUGGAGUUCUGUUGGAGAUAUGAAAAGAUGCGAAGAGAUCUAUAGAGAUAUGUUGGAAGGAGGAAUAGAUCCUGACACUCAUGCAUUUAGUAUCCUUGCCAAAGGGUAUGCUCGAGCUGGAGAGCCCGAAAAAGCGGAGCAAAUCUUGAAUCAGAUGAGAAAAUUUGGUGUUCGACCAAAUGUAGUGAUCUACACACAGAUCAUAAGCGGUUGGUGCAGCGCGGGUGAAAUGAAGAAAGCAAUGCAGGUAUAUAACAAAAUGUGUAGAAUCGUUGGUUUGUCGCCUAACUUGACUACUUACGAGACUCUUAUAUGGGGAUUUGGGGAAGCGAGACAGCCAUGGAAAGCCGAAGAGCUUCUGAAAGACAUGGAAGAGAAUAAUGUUGUUCCCACAAGGAAAACUAUGCAACUCAUAGCUGAUGGAUGGAAAGCUAUUGGUGUCUUUAAUAAUAAUGAUGCCGAUACGUUGGGUUCUUCUUUCUCAACUUCCUCCAAAAUCAAUAUCCCAAAUCAUACCGUCUCAACGAAAAGUCCAUUGUUCUUAAAGGGAAUGCCUGAGAAACCAAAGCUAUGCAUCAAGUCUCAGUUUGGUUUGAGGCAGAGUGUUUUGGUGGUGUUGUGCAGAGACCAGUUUGGGGAAGCUGGGAGAAUUUGCAAAUUCAUGUAGACUUUGUUUUGCUUUAGAGAUGGAGCUAUAUUAAAGGGUAAGAGAAGCUAACCACAGAUUGGUGUCGAUCGAAUUCUAAGAUAAACAGUACAUUUUUCUGUACAAAUAUUUCUUUUCUAUAAUGAAAUGGAAAAUAUGGUUUUAAUUUUUUAA